AUGUCGGCAGUAGUGGCAUCUAUUGGAACUGAAGACUACUCGGUAGUACUUAAUGUGAAGGAGAAGUUUAUCUCAUUAUAUGUUAAGCCCGUGUUUUCUUCUGUGAUGGACGGUGCCUACAUUUACACCAUAAAAGGGUAUAGUUCAGUAUUAAGCAAUGGUGAAAACUAUGAGUUAGUCAAGUCUGUCUCCUAUCAAUUGAACAAAAAAUACGACAUGCCCGUUUACUUGAAUGUGAAUGGAUAUCCUAGUCAAUUUUCGUUGUUGAAGACGUUGAUUGAGCUUAUUGAUAAUGUUAAAGAAUAG